AUGGCCGACUCGGAGAGGGCUCCGCUCCUUUCCGCUGACGAUAGCCACGACCACCACGACCACCACAACAACCACGACACACACGACACACACGAUUCACAUGAAAACGAAAACGACAACGACGACUUCGAGUCCACGCCGCUCGUUAGGAGUUCGUCUGGGACACCGCGCUACGAUGGCGAUGACGACCACCCUGGCGAUGGGGCAUCCAUUGCUUCUCGCCGCACCGGAGGUUCUACCAAAUCAUCCAAACGCCGAAAGACACGAUGGCCGUCCAUCAUUGCCAUGAUUAUUCUGGCGUUUACCGGGCUUGCCGUUUUGGUACUCGCCUUUAUUGUACCGCCUGCACUCCAAGAGUACGCAAAAGCAGCCGUCGUUUUGGAGCCGACAAAUCUGUCACUCGAGUCCAUCACAGCGCAUGGCAUCCGCGCUAGAGUGCAGCUUAACUUCCGGGUGGAGGCGCAACGGGUUGAGAACGAGCACGUCAGGUGGAUUGGCAAGACGGUCUCGUGGAUCGUGCGGGAGAUGGGGACGGGGAAGACUAAGAUCAACUUCCACUUGCCUGAUUACAAGAACGCCCUUCUCGGCAGCGCUGUUGUUCCCCCGACGAGCGCCAGCAUUGUGGAUGGCGAAAACACCCCGGUGGACUUUGUCGCCGAGCUUGCCGCCGGCGAAGCCGAGGGCAUCCGCAGGAUUGCGAACCAGUGGCUGGAGGGGAAACUGAAGAACGUUCAGAUCCGCGGGGAAGCCGAUGUUCAGUUCAACGCGGGAAUCAUCCCGCUGGGGACGCACUUCAUCGAGAACUCGCUGACAUUUGAAGGCGGCAAACUGCCUCACAUGCCCAAGUACAACAUCACGAGGGUCAAUUUUAAGGAGAGGCCUGUUCCUGGUGCUAGGAAAGGCAUGGGAGCUGAAAUCACCGUCAAGGCUUUCAACAAGUACCCGAUAUCUCUGGAUAUUCCCGAACUUGGGUUUGAGGUUUUGGUUCCUGGUUGCCAUCCCGGCGGUCACCCAAUCGUUUUGGCCAACGCCACCACCAGCCAAGUCGCUGUUCGGGCUCGCUCCGACGUGUUUGUGGACGCCAACGGCCUGAUUAAGGAAUUGCCUGCCUCGCUCACGCAAAUCUGCCCGAACUCGAAGUCUUCACCCCUGGAUUUGCUCUUCAAGAAGUACCUCCAUGGCAAAAAGGCAACGGUUCUUGUUCGAGGCCGGAAGGGCCCAGACACCCCGGAGUGGAUUGGGGAUAUCCUUUCUAGCAUCACGGUGCCUGUUCCAUUCCCGGGGCGCUCAUUCGACAACUUGAUUCGGAGCUUCUCCCUGACCGACGUCCACUUUAAGAUGCCGGACCCCGGGGCUGAGCCCGAUGACCCGAGUUCCAACCCACGGGUCUCUGGAACCAUCCUUGUUGUUGCAGGACUCCCGUCAGAGAUGAAUUUUGCGCUCAAUGUCAACAACGUGCGCGCCCACUCGGAUGUGUUUUACAAAGGCAAGAAGCUUGGUGAGCUCAACUUGAAGAAGUGGCAGUAUGCGAACUCGACCCAGACUCCAGCGGCGCAUGGUAAGGAGGCCAAGUUGGAGAUUCGAUCCCGAAUCCGUGAUGCGCCGCUUGAGGUUACCGACCCCGAUGUCAUGACCGAUGUGAUCCAGGCCCUCCUUUUUGGCGGCAAGGAGGUGAUGCUCACGGUCAAGGCGCUCGUCGAUGUCAAGGUGCAAACGAUCCUUGGCAAGCUGGCAGUCAAGGCAAUUCCUGCUGAGGGGAAGAUUCCCGUAAAACCUUUUGGGGAGGACCUCUUGGGUUUCGCGGCACCUCGAGUAGGAAAGGUCGAGAUUGUCGAGACGACACCCAGCUCGUUAUCUAUUCGGACACUAGUCAACAUCACCAACCCUACACAGUAUUCGGCACAUAUUCCGUUCGUCAGUUUCUACGUGGAAAAUAACGGCACACUUUUGGGCGAGGCGUUUGCAGAGGAUCUCGAUGUUCAACCGGGCAACAACACAAACCUGGCACUUUCGGCACUUUGGAAUCCGUCGCUGGGCGGGGAUGGAGGUCCUCAGCAUGCCCGCGACCUCCUCUCAGAGUACAUUUCUGGGUACAACACAACGGUCACCAUCCGCACGCAUCGCAGCUCCAUUCCUUCCCUGCCCCGUCUCGGCGAGGCGCUCUCCCGUCUCAACCUGACGCUUCCUACGCCCCGGCUCCGUCUACCAGAUCGGGGAGACCGCGAUGACCAAAACAACUCCGCUCCUCAGUUCAUCCGCGAUGCAACCUUCCACAUCUUCUCUUCCACCGCCACGUUCACACUUGUCUCUCCGCUCUCACACAACACCAUCUUCAUCGACUCGAUCAAUGCAACCGCGCUGUACAACCACACGGAACCCAUUGGCAGGAUCGAGUAUAAUCUUCCCUUUGCUGCGCCGCCGGGCACGUCGGUCACGCCUAAGAUGCCGGUCGACUGGUCAAUGGACUCGGUCGGGUACGGCAAGCUUCGGGAAGCGUUGGGGGGGCGUAUGAAGCUGGAUGCGAGGGCGGUGGUGGGGGUGAGACUGGGGAGGUGGACGGAAACGGUCUGGAUGCGCACCAUCCUACCCGGCAGGCCCGAGUCGCGCCUCCAGGCACUGGCCACGGGAUGCUGGGAGGGGAAGCGGAUCACCGCCUACAUCACCGGCAACGCCCUCGCCAUCCUCGGCGGGCGAAUCUACGACGAUGACCCAGCACCGCUGUGUGCUGUCGCGCUGGACGAGGCGUCGGGAAAGAUUGCGGUGUGCACGCGGCGCGUGGUGAGGGUUCUCGAGCUCUACCAAACAUCGGCCAACCUCGCAGAACCGGAAUGUUCCUGGCGCAAGAGGCUCGCCAGCCCCGUGCGGCGGGCCAGUCUGUCGUACGACUCGGCGUACAUCGCGUCUGUCGGCGCGCACGACCGGUUGGUCAAGGUCUGGCGGCGGCUGAGUUAUGGAACGGGUGAGGUGCGGUUUGACUUUCUCUACUUGCGUCAUCCGCGGCCCGUGACGGGGAUCCAGUGGCAAUGCGCUGUAUACGUUUUGCGAGGACCAGGUGUUGAGGGUCACGCGGGGUCGGGCACGGGGGGUGAUGAUUUGCGCUGGGCGUUUAUCAUUCACGGGGGCGAUCUGGCCGCUGCGGCCGAGACGGCGGUGCAAGAAGGCGGGGGCCGGCCGAAGGGAGACACGGCUGCGUUGGACCAUUUGAUCACGGUCGCUAACCAGAGUCCGGAGAUAUGUAUCGUGCUGGAUGGCCGCGGGCGUAUGUCGGCGUGGGCGUUGGAGAUUGUGGGGUCUAAGACGGGGAGGAGGAGGUCGAAUAUCUUCAACGUGGCGCAGGUCACGUCGCAGGAGUUGGAUCUCCUCAGGAAUUACUCGUCUCAGGCUGUGGGGAGUCGUCUUCGUCCUCCGCACGUCGAGGCGUACAGCUACUGUCAGUCGGGCGAGCACAUGCAGAUUCUAUUGCACUUCUUCGACGGCCGAAUCGAGGUGUAUCGGAGCAACCUGGCUGCCCUGUUCGACCCGAGCCCGAAACCGAAGCAACCGAAGCAGAAACAGUCUCAGAGCCGGGUGACCCAGCGCGCACUCUGGACGGGCCACUCGGAACCAAUACGCAAAAUCGUGCGCAACUUCAGCGGCCGCGCGAUCGUCUCACGGACAGCCAACGGGCAGGGGGUCAUAUGGAAGCACGAACCGGGUGCGCGGGGCCGGACGGGACUUACACAACAGGUCGUGAUCCCGGAGCAGGGGCACAUUCACCGCAUGUGUCUGCUGCGGAACGGCCGGUUUGUGGUGUUUCUGCAGCACGAGACCAUCUCGCUGUGGGACUGUCGGCAGUCAACGCCGUCGAGGCUGGCUGAGCAGCGGUACGACGUACCUGGGAAGCCAUUGUGUUUGCUGGUGCUGCCGCGGCGGCAGGUGGAGGACUAUACCACGGCGCAUAUCGCGACGAUCACGUCGGAGAAAAAGGGGGUCGUGUGGGAGGUCAAGUUUCCGUUCUAUUCGUCCCGUCCACGUUCCGCCGCGAAUGGGGUCUCGCAGGAACCACAACAGCAGCAAGAACACCAGCAGCCGUCGAUACGAGAAUCGGCGCAGUUCACGCUCGAAGACGCGGGCGACCUAGCGUAUGUCCUCCCUGUCGACCCGGCCGGGGCAGCCCCGCACAUCUCGGGCUUCCUUGACGUGUUUGCGCGAGAUGUGGCCGUCUCGUACACGCACUCGGGCCGCGUCGAGUUCUGGACUGCACGGGUUAGGACGAGCAACGGCGUCGAGUGGCUCUCCACUUGCGCCACGCACACCGGCAUCGCCAACCCCUCGCUCGUCAGCGGCAGCACGCGCAAAAAGGCCGCUCUCGUCAACGCCGCGCGGUCUGGGCUCACGAUCUGGGACGUCCGCGGCGCGCGGCUCGAGUACACGCAGGACUUCGGACACGCCCACGGCGGCCACCAUACGAUCAGCGACUUGGAUUGGACGUCGACGCCUGACACGCAGUCGAUCCUUGCUGUUGGUUUUCCGCACCGCGUGCUGCUGCUUUCGCAGAUGCGGUUUGAUUAUCUUAAUGGGGGGCCUGCAUGGGCUGCGAUUCGGGAGAUCUCUAUCCGUGAUGCCACGCCGCAUCCUAUAGGGGACUCGGUCUGGCUCGGUGAUGGGCAUUUGGUCAUUGGCGCGGGGAACCAGCUGUUUGUGCAGGACCGACAGUUUGAUGCGGGGAGUGCUCUGGUGACUAGUUUGAGGCUGCCUCAGCGGCCGCGACGAGGGCUAGGGCAAGGGAAAGGUCGAGGGCAACGGGGAGGUGAAGAGAAAGGGUGGGAUUUGUUUGAUGCGGUGCAGAGACUGAACGGGCCGUUGCCGGUGUUUCAUCCACAGUUUCUGAGCCAGUGCAUUCUAGCCGGCAAGAUUGUGCUGGUGCAUGCUGUGCUAAUGGCGUUGUACAAAACGCUCAAGUUCUGGGCCGAAGGAGACGAGCUAGAUGACUACCUGGGACUAAAAAUCGAAGACUUCUACGAGAUCGACCACACCACCAAGACAUCCGCCCACAAAGACCCCGGCCAGUACCUCUCCCGACGCAUGUCCUACGACGACGAAGGCGGCACGCCCUUCUCCGAGGACAUCGCAGCCGCCAUCAACCAGCAGCUCACGCGCAUCGACAUCGCCCAGCUGUCGGGCCACGAGCAGAUCCAGCUGGUCAACAUCAUCGAGUGUGCGGGGCUGGUCGAGGCGCAGCGGCGGUCGCUGGACGAGAACGGCGCGCGGUUCAUGUUGUUUUUCCGCCAGCACGCGCUGCGCAAGGGCCGCACGAGUGCUAUCCAGUUGGGCUGGCGCGAGAUUAAUUGGGCGUAUCAUUCGGAGAGUCAGGAUGUGCUGGCGGACUUUGUGGCGCGGCAGAAUCAUGGGCGGAUGCUGUGGGAGAAUGCGCGGGAGAGCGGGGUGUUUAUGUGGUUGGCGGAUAAUGCUGCUGUGGCCUGGACACUGACAGCAAGACAGAAAGCACAGUUCGAAACCAUCGCACGCAACGAGUACACCAAAAGCGACCUCAAGAACCCAAUCGACUGCAGCCUGUACUACCUCGCGCUGCGCAAGAAGACGGUCCUCCAAGGUCUCUGGCGCAUGGCGGCUUGGAACCGCGAACAGGGCGCUACCCAACGGCUGCUAGCCAACAACUUUGACGAUCCCAAGUGGCGCACCGCCGCGCUCAAGAACGCCUAUGCCUUGAUGAGCAAGCGGCGCUUUGAAUACGCAGCCGCCUUCUUCCUCCUAGCCGACCACCUCGCGGACGCGGUCAACGUGUGCCUGAACCAGCUGCAGGACCUCCAGUUAGCUAUCGCUGUCGCGCGUGUGUACGAAGGGGAUUCAGGCCCCGUGCUGCGCCGGCUGCUGGAGGAGGAAGUGCUGAGCAUUGCCGCGCGGGAGGGCAAUCGCUGGUUGGCUUCGUGGGCGUUUUGGAUGUUGCACCGAAGGGAUAUGGCUGUGCGCGCUUUGAUUACCCCCGUGUACACCCUCCUGGAAACCCCCGGAUCGCCACCGGACCCGCCAGACCCCCGCGCGCGGCUGUUCCUAACCGACGACCCGGCGCUGGUGAUCUUGUACGCACAGCUGCGGCAGAAGACCCUGCAGACACUCCGGGGCGCAAGCAAAGUCACCCCCAAAGUGGAGUGGGAGUUUGUGCUGCACAGCGCGCGGUUGUAUGAUCGGAUGGGGUGUGAUUUGUUGGGGUUGGAUUUGGUCCGCAACUGGGAAUUCCUCCAGCCCGUCACGGCCGGCGCGACCGGUCUCGGCGGGGAGGUCAAUCCCCUUCGUUUGCUACGACGACGGGAGUCGCUUGUUGUGGCCGACUUGCCGGUGUUGAGCCAUAUUCGGGAAGAGAAACAAGAGAAACAGCAGAGUCAACAGCAGAGCCAACAACAGCAGAAUGUGCCGGCGGAGAUGAAAUCGGGCGGGCUUAUGCCCAAGCAGCAGGCGCCGCCGACGGCGUUUGAGGAGCCGGAUGCGAAUUCUUUGUUGGAUAGUUUUGGGUUCUAA